GAGGAAGAGAAACCCGUUGCCGUCUUGUGGGGCUGUGAGCUGAGCACUAGCAAUCGGAGGUGUGUGGUGAUGGAAGACGAUGACUUCUUGGAACACCUGGUCUUGCUGAAAACGAUCUGCCUCAGCGCGGAGGCCAAGGAUGAACCGCACGUGGUGGCUGUAGCUUCGAAAAACACCUGCGGUGACAACAGGCCGGUCCCCAUCGCUUCCCUGAGACUCUCUGUCCUGCCCAUGAUCAGUCUGGAUGGCUUCGAAUUCGUCCCUCCUGUUGCCUUUGAAUUGAAGUCUGGGACUGGGCCGGUUUAUCUCAAUGGACAGCACCUCAUCUUGGAAGACGAUGCAGCCUAUGAAGCAAGAGGAGGACGUCUGGCAGAGGAAUGGUCAUUCUCUUCCGCCGCACUGGAAGAUUCAACACGCUCUGAUCAGGAGGACUUGUCUUCGUGCAAAGCAGAGGAGAAGCUGUGACUACCUUGGUGCCAUGGGCAGGCCGGGGGAUGCUGCCCUGCUCCUUGCUGCAGCCAGGGAGGAAGGAA